AUGGGCGAUAGUGAUCCAUCUUUUCCGGCUUCACGUUCAAAUAGUAAAUCGGCGUCAUCAGACAGCGAUGAAGAGGAUUUCUCCGAUGACGAAGAACAAUAUUCGUCCACUCAAAAUACGAAUGUAGACCUCCGCUUAAAAAAAUGUCCACCAUUUUGCGGAAAUAAAUUCGAAUCCGAUGAAGAAUACCGAAAACCACUCGGGGUUGUCUAUGAUGAAGUCAGGAAGCAUUGGCUGAUUUGUUGCCAAUCAGAUAAAGUCAUACAAAUAAAAAAAAGGCGCGGAAAAAGCGAAGUGAAUUGCUUGAGUCACGAUAAAAUCAGGAAUCCAUCUGCAAUCGCUAUUUAUCAGGAAGGCAAAAGUGCUGCAAUUUUGUGUUCGGAACACACUAAUCGAAAUUUCUAUAUAGUUUUGUUGAAAUAUGGCACGAAAAACAGUAAAAUUGACAUAUUUGCAACAUGGAAACACGACGAAUAUCAAUUAUUCUUCCAAUGCCGAGGAAUUGCCAAAUCGAUUGCUGGCAAUUUAAUAACCAUUGAUAUGCCAAUUCAACCGCGAUCGCCCCGAAUUCGAAUAUUCCAAAAAUAUUUUCCAAAACAAAUCAAUUUUGAUAUUGAAGGAGCCAGAAGACCAAGUUUUAUUAGCUCUUGUGACGAUAAAUUGGCCAUAAGCGAUCUUGGGACUCAAAAAGUUUUUCUCUACAAAAUAAGCGAUAUUGAUUUUUCGAAUCCGAAUAUUUCGCUUUUGAACCUUAUCGAUUCCAACUAUAUAAGUGUUCCACGAACUGCAAAAUCUCUUGCCAAUGAACAAGGAUUCCUAUUUGUUGCCGGCGUGCAGUUCGAUCGAGACGGGCAUUUAUUAGUUGGUGAUGCUUCUGGACAUACUGUCAAGCUCUAUGAUCCUAGCUUGAGAUUCCUUCAUCGAAUAUCAAGUGAUUUCCCAAUUCCUUAUAUGAGCUCGUUUUUCUUCAACAAAAGAGGCCAUGGAAUAAUUAUCGAUUUGCGCGGAGACAAUAAGUUCGUGUACGCUCAGAUGUCGGGAACAUCGAAAAUGAAGCCAUGGAUUGAGACCGAAUCUCGACCGAAUAGACCGUCGCGAAGCAGAUUCAACAAUCGUGUUACCAAGUGCUAUUAUAGUGCAGAUUGUCCCGAUCCUCAACUGUUGUUUCGAAUGCAAACUGAAACCGAUUCUGCUCCUCCUUUCGCUUGUGUCAACGAUAUCAAAGUUUUGCAUAAUUUGAAUAUUGAACGAGGUAUGAACGUCGCUGCAUUGAACGGAACAACCGGCGAAACGUUGAGCACGCAAGUGUUCGAUGUUACCGCUUCUGAUGAGAAAUUGAUGCAAUGGAUGGCAGAUCUUCCACAUAAAUCGAUUUUGAUGGCAGCUUCGUUUGGAGAUGUUGCUGAACAUGUCUCAAGACAAGCUCGCGGAUUCUUCAAGGCAUUUGGAGCAAGGAAGAUCGAUUCGUGGCGUGGCGGACAGGCUUAUGCGAUUGUCGGCCAACGAGGAAUUCAGCCGGGAGAUGGUUUUGAAACGAUGUAUGAAUUCAACAGUGGAACAACGGAAAUGACAAUGAUCGAAAAUUGCAUUGAUCUACCGUUCGCAAAAACUCGAAGAAUUGAGUUGAAGGUUGAUCAGUCGGAGGUUCACAGAGCUGAUGAAAGUCGCCUUGAAAAUUUGGGAGCAUUCCACGAUGAUUUGGUGAAGAAAAAGAACCAAGUAGUACAGGAGAAAUAUUGGAAAGAUUGCGGAUUGAAGAAACCGUGUGAUGAAGAUUCGAUUGCGGUUCACUUUUAUUCCGGGGAACAUAAAGAAGAUUCACCAAAAAUGUGCAUCGGCGACAAACUUCUUUUUGAUGAGGAAUUGAAUGAUGCCGGAAGAGGUCUGAAUUUGGCAAUGAUGGAGCCGAAAACUGGACGUGUCACUGCCGUUGUUCAUUUUGAUACUUAUAGGGAUGAAUCCCAUGGACUCGAAGAAUGGCUUGAUGCAGUUCCGACAGGAUAUAUUGUAGCCGUUAUUAGCUUUGAUGAAGCAUCAAAUAUGCUUACUGAUAUGGCUCGUCGUAUAUUCUACGAAAUGGGAUCGAGUAUGAUUGAUCGAAUGAAAUUUAGAGCUUCUUGGUAUUUUAUUGGUCAGAAAGGAAUUGGAGCGUACACACCAUUCGAGGAUUUAAAUAUUCCAUCGGGCAACAAUUGGGCGACCCCUAUCAAGACUUCAUUCUGUUUGCCAAAAGCCUUGAGUAAAUGGUCCGGUCGAAAAGACCCAGCGUCAGCAAAUGAUGUUCGGAAUUUGCCGAAACGUCAUUUUUGUGCAAAAUAUGAUCGACAUGAGGAAUUUUGUAAUGAUGAGAAACUCGAUGAUCGAAUUGUGCCGAGAAUAUUGCGCAACGAAAACCGAGCAAAUGAUCCGAUUUUCAAUGUUCCGAUUCUUGUCGCCGCUGGAUUAGCGCCGGAUUCUCUUCGAUCAACACUUCAGACACUGAUGAAUCAGGAAGGGAUCAAUACCCAAUUGGUUAUUGUUGCUUAUGACAAAGAAUAUCCAGAAAAUGCCGAUCUCUCCUCAUUAUUUCACGUCAAAAGUCUUGGAAUUGCGCAAAAUCGUUCAUAUAAUGGUUUUCUAUUGUCAUCUCUUGCGAAUGCAUUUUCAGUUUUUCCUGAAGCAAAAGAGCUGAUAGUGAUUGAAGAAGAUGUAAAACUUUCGGAUGAUUGGCUCGAAUAUUUCUCGGCAAUUUAUCAGAGUUUCACAAACGACAAAACUGUCGAUUUUGCAUUGGCUUAUAAUCCAAAUGGAUUCAUUGAAACGUCUGGACCUGCCUCUACUGUCUAUCGAAUCAACGGCCAAAAUCUUAUUGGAUCAUACAUCAUUAAAAGAGAAUUAUUCGAGCAGUAUAUUCGUCUCAGAGAAUUUUGUUGCUUUGAAAGGUCAAAUUGGGAUUUGAGAGAUUCGACUGUUUUUGUUCCUGCGUUAUCGAGAAUUGAAUUGCAAGAGGAUGGAGGAAUACUGGAUGAUAGUGUCAAACAGCAAAGAUUAUCAUCGAAGUAA